CUGCCACCGCAGCUGCCAGAGCCAGCGCCUGGGGGGCCCCGAGUCGCGACACCGCGCCAGCGAGGAUGUGCGCAGCGACUUCCAGCGCAGGGUGCCCUACAACUACCUGCAGCGGGCCUACCUCAAGCUUGACCUUUUAGAGGAAGCAGUGCAGGCAGCACACACGUUUUUCAUGGCCAACCCUGAGCACAUGGAAAUUCAGCAGAGCAUUGAGAAUUAUAGGACCAUGGCUGGCGGGGAAUCAUUCCAGCUGGUAGACCGAGAGGCCAGACCACACUUGGAAAGCUACAGUGCAGCUCUGAAACAUUAUGAGGCCGAUGAUUUUGAAGUGGCUGUCAAGUACUUCGAAAAGGCUUUGAGAGACUAUUUCAGUGAAGAUACGGAGUGCCGGAUCCUAUGUGAGGGGCCUCAGAGAUUUGAAGAGUACGACUACUUACGGUAUAAAGCCGGUCUCUAUGAAACCAUUGCAGAUCACUACAUGCAGGUGCUGGUUUGUCAGCAUGAGUGCGUGAGGGAGCUCGCCACUCGCCCCGGCCGCCUCUCACCCAUUGAGAACUUCCUUCCUCUGCAUUACGACUACCUACAGUUCGCCUACUACCAAGUUGGUGAUUAUGUAAAAGCUUUGGAAUGUGCCAAGGCCUACCUCCUCUUCCAUCCUGAUGAUGUGGAUGUGCUGGACAAUGUAGAUUACUAUGAAAGUCUGAUGGAGGCUGGAAUGGACUCAGCAUCUGUUGAGGCUAGAGAGGAUGCGGCAAUGUUUGUGAAACGUCAUAAACUUGAAGCUGAACUAAUAAAAUCAGCUGCAGAGGGUCUUGGAUUCUCAUACACUGAACCAAAUUAUUGGAUCAGAUAUGGAGGACGACAAGAUGAGAAUCGGGUACCUUCAGGAGUGAAUGUGGAAGAGGCAGAAGUUCACGGAUUGUCAGUGGGAAGAAAGUCAUCACCCAAGACAGAUCGAGAACUAAGGGAGGGUGGCCCUCUGCUCUACGAGAAUGUCACCUUCGUCUACAACUCUGAGCAGCUGAAUGGGACCCAGAGGGUGCUCCUGGAUAAUGUCCUGUCCCAGGAGCAGUGCCGAGAGCUCCACAGCGUGGCCAGAGGAGUCAUGCUUGUUGGUGAUGGGUACAGAGGAAAAACUUCACCGCAUACACCCAAUGAGAAGUUUGAAGGUGCAACUGUCCUGAAAGCCCUCAAGUUCGGUUAUGAAGGCCGCGUCCCACUGAAGAGUGCCCGUCUGUUCUAUGACGUCAGUGAGAAGGCUCGAAAGAUCGUGGAAUCCUAUUUCAUGCUGAACUCGACCCUGUAUUUUUCCUAUACACACUUGGUGUGCCGAACGGCGCUGUCCGGUCAGCAAGACAGAAGAAAUGACCUCAGUCAUCCUAUCCACGCUGACAACUGUUUGCUGGAUCCGGAGGCCAAUGAGUGCUGGAAAGAGCCCCCGGCCUACACUUUCCGGGACUACAGUGCUCUCCUGUAUAUGAACGAUGACUUUGAAGGAGGAGAGUUCAUAUUCACUGAAAUGGAUGCUAAGACUGUGACUGCAUCUAUAAAACCAAAGUGUGGCCGUAUGAUCAGCUUCUCCUCCGGAGGAGAGAACCCCCACGGGGUGAAGGCGGUCACCAAAGGCCAGCGGUGCGCGGUGGCUCUGUGGUUUACGUUGGACCCACUCUACAGAGAGCUGGAACGAAUAAAAGCCGAUGAAGUGAUUGCAAUUCUGGAUCAAGGGCAGCAAGGGAAGCGUGAACUGAGUAUCAACCCCAGGGAUGAGCUAUAACAAUGAGAAAGAAUGUUCAAUCGAAUAUUUAUUUAAAUUGUUAAUCUUAGAAGAACAUUUUUAUUUUUGUACAGAGCCAUGGUAUAAAUGAACAGGUGGAUAUGAGUUGCUAGGUCUCCCUUCCGUCCCCAGACAGGCUUGCUCCCUUAACUCUUCCUUUCUUGGUUUUCUUCAGUUGCCCUCUCAAAGCCCAGGCGCCAGUCCAUACACACACAACCCACCACACAGAUACACACCACACACCUACGCACAGCAUACAUGUAGCAACAAUGCAAACAUACACAUCCCAUACACAGUGGGACACGCAGACAUGCAAGCACACCGCCCAGCGCACCAUAAAAACACACAAAGACAUACCAUACAAGUGGCACCACACACACACACACACACACACAC